AUGGCUCCCAAUCGCCAUCUGCCCGCGAAGGUCAAUCCUCUGAUGACCGAGGAGAUCCCAGCAUAUGAGGUUCUCGUCGCCCGCCGACGCCUGGGCCAGACAGACCUCUCCUCCAAGGCUGGUCAAGUCGGAACGUCCAGUGCUACGAAGCCAAAGAAUUUGGGUACAUUCGACUACGCGCACCUGCGUGCCCCGCUUCCUAAGAACAUCGUGUCUGGGAUUUUUAAGCCGUCGCCUACGUCGUAUUUCCUCAUGCGCCGCAGUCGCGAUGGAUAUAUCAGUGCUACAGGAAUGUUCAAGGCAACUUUCCCAUGGGCCGAGGUUGCCGAGGAAGAGAUGGAACGCAAGUACAUCAAGAGCCUCGAGUCGACAAGCCCGGACGAGACGGCUGGUAAUGUAUGGAUUCCCCCGCAACAUGCGCUCGAGCUCGCUGCAGAGUAUGGCAUCCUCCCCUGGAUCCAGGCUCUCCUGGACCAUGCGCCUAUUGAGGUGAAUCCUACGAAGGACGCUACGCCGAAGUCGAUAUCCCCGCCUCCAAAAUUCCUCAUGCCACAAGAAACGUUUGCUGCGCCUUCCCCAACCCGUCGCUCACGCCGAUCUGCAUCGCCAAGCAAAAUGGCAUCCCCAAGGAAGACAGCUGGAGCAACUCGACCUCGAAGGACCAAGGCAGGCUCAGUAGAGCCCUCUACCAAGGCUGCCACCAAGGACCUAGAGCAGGCUAUUGCUGACACUGAUGGCUCUGAGGUUGACCUCAAGACGUCUGAGAAGGUGGUAGAGAAGAUCGAAGAGACGACAGAAGAGAAGACGGAGGAGAAGCCAGAAGAGAAGAGAGAGGAGGUAGAGGAGAAGACGGAAGAGAAGGCUGAGGAAGCUGUUGCUCGCGUCACUGUUGAUACGGAUGUCGAAGUCAAGGGUGACGUCGAGACUACUCACACACACGUGGAAGUUGAGAUGCCAGCUGGUUUGCCCGAGGCGCCAUCGCCAGAGGAUACGCAAGCCAUGAUUGCUAAAGCGAAGGAGAUGGUCGCAGAAGCUACAAAGAGCUCGAACGCUGCAGGCCCGAGUAAUGUUGUUAGGAAGCGAAAGGCAGAAGAAGUCGAGGAAGACGAGGACGAGGAGAAGGACGAAAGUGCGGACAAAGCCGCCCCAGCAAAGAAAGCCAAGGUAGAAUCAGAACUCAAGAAGGAGAAAGUGAAGACGCGGGCUCUGAUUGGAAUCAGUGCCACUCUAGCAAUUGGUGCUGCCAUCCAAUACGCGUUUACCAUAAUUUGA